GAUAUUUGACGUCACAUACACUCUAUUUAUCCGUCUCGUGACUAUGGAUUGGUGGCAGACAACUGUGUUGUAUCAGAUCUAUCCGCGAUCUUUUCAAGACAGUGAUGGAGACGGGACAGGGGAUUUGAAAGUAAAGAACUGUUUCAUCAAACUGGAGCUGAAAUAAUGGCGGGACUACAAUAAAUUAAAUGAACUGUUUAAGAAGCAAGAAGUCAGUCACAUCUGGUAUUAAUUCAUGGUUAUAACUGCCACAUGAAACAACGGCUUAUUAUUUUAACAUCCGAGUUACGUCAGAAAUACAAAAUGAACACCUCAAUAUGAUUCCUCAGCUAGCAGGACGUCUGGUAGAGUUCAUUAUGCUGUCUCAGUGAAUAUCAUGAUGGUACGGAUUACAGGUAGGCCCAAGAGCCAUUCGGGUAAUCCGUAGUCGGUGGUAUGUAGUUGAAAAACAUCUGUCUGGCAGACCUUGGUAUCUAGUUGGCCGUUGGGUGUGCUGGCUCGUCUUAAUAUAACCUGGUACCAGAAUGAAACAAGACAGUCACGCACCAUGCUUGUUGAGGGCUACGUGUCGACGGACGGACCUUACACCGGGCUCACAAAAGAUCAGUUGUUGGAGUGCGCUUACUGCCCAUUGUGGGUUCGAGUCCGGUGCUUACUUCUGGUGGCGUACUGGACAUCAUGGUUGGUUAUGCUAGCAGGUGCCAUCACGCUUGUUGUGGUCACCCCGAAGUGUUUAACACCGGAACCCCUCCAAUGGUGGCAACUAUCCCCCGCGUACCAGGUCUAUCCGCUUUCUUAUCAAGACGGCAGUCACCCACCUGAUGGGUUCGGGGACAUACUAGGUAUUGAGUCGAGACUCGAUUACAUCAAGGACCUCGGUGUGGGCGCAAUAUGGCUGUCACCCAUCUACAAAUCUCCAAUGAAAGACUUUGGCUAUGACAUUCAGGAUUUCAGAGAUAUUGCUCCAGUGUUUGGAACAAUGGAUGACUUCCACUCACUGUCAAGGGCAAUGAAGGAAAGAGGUAUAAAACUUGUGCUGGAUUUUGUGCCAAAUCAUUCCAGCAAUCUCCACGAGUGGUUCCAAAAAUCUGUGAAGAGAGAGGCUCCUUAUACAGACUAUUAUGUGUGGACUGAUGCCAAGGGAUUUGAGCCUGAAGGCACACCAAUCCCACCCAACAACUGGAGAAGUGUAUUUGGUGGCUCUGCAUGGGAGUGGAACCAGGAGCGACACCAGUUUUACCUGCACCAGUUCCUCAAAGAGCAGCCUGACCUAAACUACAGGAAUCCUUGGGUCUUACAAGAAAUGAAGAAUGUGUUGCAAUUCUGGUUGGACCAGGGAGUAGAUGGUUUUCGAAUGGAUGCAGUUGCUCAUCUGUUGGAAGAUGAAGAACUAAGAGAUGAACCAGUGAAGGAUGAAGAUUCCAUUGAUGAAUACAGUCAACUGGAUCAUAAAUACACCUUCAAUCUACCCAAAGUACUGGAUAUAUUGCGAGAAUUCAGGAUUCUACUUGACAAAAACUCUGAGAAUGGAACAAAAAUUAUGAUCACUGAAGUGUACAUGCCAGUGGAGAAGCUGAUGGCUUAUUAUGGAAACAAAUCACACCCAAUUGCCCACUUUCCAUUCAACUUUGAGUUGAUAUCAGUAAGCCAAGAGAAUAUCAGUGCACAAAGCAUAUACAGUACAAUCAUGACUUGGAUGGACAACCUUCCAAAAGGGGCAUGGCCCAACUGGGUGUCUGGGAACCAUGACAACUCUCGCAUGGCAACCAGAUUUGGGAAUGAAUUGGUGGAUGCUAUCAACAUGAUCAUGCUGCUCCUUCCUGGCACACCUGUCACUUAUAAUGGAGAGGAAAUGGGUAUGGAGGACACGGAUGUGUCAUGGGAACAAACAAAGGACACAGUAGGAAUAAAUGCUGGGCCAAUGAAAUACAAACUGUUCUCGAGAGAUCCUGAGCGCACACCAAUGCAAUGGAAUGCAGGAAUGAACGCAGGAUUCUCCACUGCUAAUCAAACCUGGCUGCCAGUCAAUCCAAACUACAAAACAUUAAAUGUCCAGUCUCAGCUGAAUGCAAAAUGGAGCCAUAUUAAAGUGUACAAACUACUUGCCAAGGCACGAAAAACUGAGGCCAUCAUGAAUGGUGAGCUGGCCAUUCGAGUUCUGGAGGACUGUGUGUUGGUCUAUACCAGGGUGAAAAAAGGCUUCCCUGGUUAUAUGGUGGUAGUAAACUUUGCUGUGGAUACAGUGAUUGUGGACUUAACAAAGCUGGACCAUGUGCCAAAUGAGUCUUUCAUAUAUGUGUUCAGCACAACUUAUGCACAUAGUUUCACUGCAAAGAAGAGGAUAUCAAAUUCUGAAGUCAUGAUGCCAGGACAGGGAGGCAUGGUGCUGACAUUUGUACCAGAGUUUCCAGAAGAAACCAUCCCUCUGUAACAACUUGUGCAAUGCUGAAACUACUUUAUUUUCAUAUACAUGACUUAUUGAAGCAAAAUAAAAUAUUGUUGGAAUACAA